AAUAAUAUAUUUUUUAUUUUUUUUUAAAUAUAAAAUCGGGUAAAUCGUGGUUAAAGACGCUAGGGACCUUAAUGAAACCAACUUAUUACCAACCCGACCUGCUCUACCCGACCCAACCAAACUGAACCGGAUCCUAUUCUCUAAACGAAGCGUUUCGUCUCUCUCCCUCUCCACCUAAAUCUAAAUCCCGUCUCGUCCCUCUCCGGCUUCUCUCUUGCGAUUGCGCGAAACCCUAGCCUCCGUGCUUUGUGGCUUUCUCCGUCGUCCUCCUCCGUCUAAAUCGAGAAUCAAUCAAUCUCUCUGUGGACGUCCUCUCUCCCUCUUAUUUCUCGGGUCUCAACUCUCUAGAGUCGAGAACUGCUUCGUUUCUUCUUCUUUCUCCGACGAAAUCUAGUCUCCAUCUUCGUUCCUUUUCGUAAGUGAGUAGUUUCCUUUGAGUAUUACAUUGUUGAGAUGUAAUAAUUGAUGUUUGCUAUGCGGUUUGCAUUUGGAGUAAUUGACAGUGACUUGUUGUGUUUUUAACAGCGUUUCUAAUUUCUUGUACAGGAAAUGAAGGGCCGAAAAAGAAAGAAUCCAUCUACUACGUGCGUUGGAGUCUCCAGUAGAACUAGAGCUAGAAAGGCGGUCUCAGCUGGGAAUGAGCCGGCAAGAGAAACGACUGUAGUUUCUCUCUCUGUUGAUUCAGAAAGUGAUGACAUGUCUGCUGUAUCAUCUAAGGCAAGGCAACCACCACAGCCCCUUGAAUUAUGCUUCAAGAGCACAGAGUUCACGAAGACUUGCAAGAUUCAAACCAAGUGCCUUGUGAAGAAUACAGUGGACGUGAUUAAGAAGCUUAAGGAGGAGGUUAAAUGGUUCAUAACCCAUCCUCAAUUUCGUCACUUCUUCCACAUGCCUGAUGAACAAUACCUGAAGCUCCAAGGAAUGUGGAUGUUACUCUUGCGCACCAUUUCGACUGAAGAAGAAGAUGUUGCAUGGUUUGGUGUGAAUGGUGUUCCCAUCCGCUAUUCUAUGAGGGAGCAUGCCCUCAUCUCGGGCUUAGACUGCCAUGAGUAUUCGAGGAAAUAUUUGAAGCUCGGGAGUACGAAGUUUGUGGAUUAUUACUUCGGUGGACUAAAGAAGAUCACCAUAACAGAUGUGGAGCACAAGCUGUUGUCUAUGAAGACACCAUGCAAUGAUAGAUUGAAGAUGGCUGUCUUGUUCUUCCUUGGUCGGGUUAUCAGAGGACAGGCAAAGGAUUGCGGACCAGUAGACCCGUUCAUCUUAAGGAUCGUGGAAGAUUUGGAUGUUUGCAGAACAUUUCCAUGGGGUCGUUUGACAUUUGAAGAUGCAAUAAAGAACAUCAAGCAUAUGAUGGAGCUUCUGAAGGGUGAAGUGCACUCGGCAUGCGGCUUUCCUGGAUUCAUAAUUCCAUUAGAGAUUUUGGCUUUUGAAUGUAUUCCUAAGCUGGGGAAAACAUUUCGACUAUCUAAAGACACACCUUCUGAAGAUUGUCCUAGGAUGUGCAAGAGCCGGUUUACAAAGAGUAGCAUGAAGGGAUAUCCUUUGGAAGAUAUAUAUGCUGCACUUGGACACACAAAGGUUAUUAACAGUGUGUUGGUGCCAACUGUGGGUGAGGAAAUCAUGCUGGCUCGUAUAAUUGAUGAGGAGCGAGAGUAUCAUUGUGAGGGAAGCACAAGUGAUACUUGGAACCACUGGCUAAAUGUGAAGCAGAAGAAGAUAUUUUGGAAAGAGCUAUACGACUUAGAUGUUGCUGCACGAGUGUUUAAGAAGAAGAAGGACAAAGAAAAGGUGACGUUUUUAGAAGAUUCGUCUUCUAAAUCUGGGUUGGAGAGCUUGAAAGCUCUGGAAGAAAAGAUUUUGGGGGCCAUGAGUGAAGGGUUUUCUGGUCUUAAAUCAGUGGUGGAGGCAAAGCUGGGUGAUAUGGAUGUGAGGAUGAGUAAAUUUGAAAAGAACCAGCGACAACUUAAAAGAAGGGCUAAGAAAAUAGAAGAAAAGCUGACUUCUAUUGAGAGCAACAAAAAUGAGGAGAGGAACUAUGGUGAAGAUAUGGAUUUUGGAUGGGAUGAUAGAGAUUAUGGUAGAGCUGAAGGGAAGGAAAACAGUGAGAAGGCUAAGGAAGACAAGGAAAACAGUGAGUCUGGCGAGGAAAAGGAUGUGGUCUCGGGUGGGGAAAACAGUAAGGAUGGUGAGAAAGACAAGGGAAACGUGGAGGAAGAAGAAGAGAAAGAGAACGAGGCUGAUAAAACAGAGCUGGGAACUAGAGAAAAAGAUGAGGUCUCUGAAGAAGAUUACGAUACUGAGGAAGAGGCUGAGAAGAGGAGAGUAGAGGCGGAUGCGUUAUGGAAGAGUAUUCUUUCUGAAGAGACUGAGUAUCUAGAGAAAGAGGCUGAGAAAGUUGCCAAGGGAACUCCUACACCACCACGUGGUAGACCGAAGAGAUUGGCCGCGAGAAAAAUAGUACUUACACCACCAGAGGAGUUUUUAAGAGGACCAACGGUAACUGCGCCAUCACCUAUCGAGACUGAAAAAGAGGCUGAGACAGUUAUCGAGGAAGAGGGUGAGGAGAUGGCAGUUGAAGCCGAAGAAAGUGACGAGGAGAGUCUCAAAGAAAAAAAUGCUGAAGAAAUGGUGGAGGAAAAAGAAGGUGUGGAGGAGAGUCCCACCGAGAAAAUAGCUGAAGAAGUGGUGGAGGAAGAAGAAGGUGUGGAGGAGAGUCCCACCGAGAAAAUAGCUGAAGAAAUGGUGGAGGAAGAAGAAGGUGUGGAGGAGAGUCCCACCGAAAAAAUUGCUGAAGAAAUGGUGGAGAAAGAAGAAGCUGUGGAGGAGAGUCCCACCGAAAAAAAUGCUGAAGAAAUGGUGGAAGAAGAAGCUGAGGAAGCAGAGGAAGCAGAGGAAGCUAUGGAAGCAGAGGAAGCUGAGGAAGCAGAGGAAGAGGCGGAUAAAGUGGUUGAGAAAGAGGCUGAGACAGUUGUCGAGAAAGAGGGUGAUAAAUACACUGAUGAAGAAAAGCAAAUGUGGGCCUUGGUCGUUUACAAGGCUAGUGAGGAGAUGGCGGAUGGGACCACUGAGGUGAGGAGAGAUGGAACCAAUGAGGUGAGGACAGGGUUCAAGCUUAGGUGCAAACAGAAGAUAAUGAUGUAUGGCAAACCAAGGGGGAAGAAAAAACCUCAGCGGCCCCAGAGUCAAGAAUCAGCACCUGUGAUUGCACGUACGCCAAGGGAGAAGAGAAAACCUCAGCGGCUGCAGAGUCCCUACACGCAGGUGAAGACAGAAGACAUUGACGGGCCUAAGAAGAAGCGUAAAACAAAGGUUAAGUAGGCGUCUGAAAAUUAUUUAUUUAUUUGAAGUCUUUAAAACUUGGUAGGAUGCUUUUGGAUGUAAUAUGCUUUUGGGUGUUUAAACUUGGUUGUGGUAUGCUUUUGGAUGUUUAAACUUGGUUGUAUAAUGUGUUUUGGAUGUUAAAAAACAGGUUUGGAAACUGUUUUCAAGUUAGGCUAUGUCCAAAAAUGAUUCAGAUGGAUAACUGGUCUUACUACUAGGUUUACUAAGGCCAAAAACGUGUUAAUAAAUGUACUCAUGUAAAACGUGCAACCGGUAUAUACAUAAAUAUAUUCAUAGCACAUGUUAAUAAAUGUACUCAUGUAAAACGUGCAAUCGGUAUAUACAUAAAUAUAAUAUUCAAAUUACACUUAGUAAUUCUUGGUAUUCUUCAAGGAGUUAGUAAUACUACCUUACACAUAGUAAUUCUUUGGCAAUUUUUAGGUUUUUCUAGUUAA